AUGGAUUCCGCUCCGUUCUUCAUAGAUAAUCCCAACCUGGGGAACGUCGACAGCUUGGAAGACCAUCGCAUUCGCGGCUACAACCCCCUCACACCUCCCAACCUCCUUCAACAUGAGAUUUCCCUCUCCGAAAAAUCCAGAAAGACCGUUCUCCAAGGUCGAAAAGAUGCCGCCGCCGUCGUCAAGGGCACAGACCCGCUGAAUCGUCUGCUCGUAAUCAUCGGCCCUUGCUCCAUUCACGACCCCGAAAUGGCUCUCGAAUACUGCGAUCGCCUGCUCAAACUCAAAGAGAAAUACCAAGAUACACUGCUUAUUGUCAUGCGCUCUUACCUCGAAAAGCCCCGCACAACUGUCGGCUGGAAGGGCCUGAUCAAUGACCCGGAUAUCGAUGGCAGUUUCAAAAUCAACAAGGGUUUGCGCUUGUCGCGACAGCUCUUUGUCGAUUUGACUGGCAAGGGUAUGCCGAUAGCCAGUGAAAUGCUGGAUACCAUCUCCCCGCAGUAUACCGCCGACUGCUUAUCCCUCGGAGCCGUGGGUGCUCGUACCACCGAAUCUCAGGUCCACCGUGAACUCGCUUCAGGAUUAUCGUUCCCCGUCGGAUUCAAGAACGGUACCGACGGUUCGCUGGGUGUGGCUAUCGAUGCCAUCGGCGCCGUCAGGCAUCCCCACCACUUCCUGUCCGUGACGAAACCAGGUGUGGUCGCUAUUGUCGGCACGGAUGGUAACGACGACUGCUUUGUGAUUCUCCGUGGUGGCACCAAGGGAACAAACUAUGACGCUGCCAGUAUCGCCGAGGCAAAGGAGAAUCUGACCAAGAAGGGCUUGACACCUCGUCUCAUGGUGGACUGCUCACAUGGUAAUUCGUUGAAGAACCACAAGAAUCAGCCCAAGGUGGCCGAGGUUCUUGCUGAGCAGAUUGCUGCUGGUGAGACUGCUAUCAUGGGAGUCAUGAUUGAGAGUAACAUCAAUGAGGGCAACCAAAAGGUUCCUCCAGAAGGCAAGUCCGGUCUGAAGUACGGUGUCAGUAUUACCGACGCGUGUAUCAACUGGGAAGAUACCGAGUUAGUUCUCGAGAACCUGGCGCAGGCUGUUCAGAAGCGUCAAAAAGUGGCCGCUGCCAACGGUAACUAA